CUUCCUAUUCAUACCGAAGCUGUCAAACCAGUCCCCCCCACCCCCUCCGUACUCGAUAUACCGCGCUUCCUCACCGUGCCCGGGGACAGCAAGCCCGAUCCCUGCCGAGGCUCUGCCAUGCCAGAACCCGGCAGCAGGAAGGAGUGUGCGCUGCUCCAGGCCGGCUCCGUCUAGUCUGUCCUCUGCGGGAUGGGGAUGUGGGAUCUCCCGGGACUCUGCAUGCCGUGUGUCCGUACAUACAUCUCUACCGCCUAGGCCCGGGUGUCACCGGAGAGACCACCGAGGUUGAGGACAGGAUGACGGGAACCUUUAUGGCAGUGACUUCGGCAGACACUUAUUGCACCUAAAGACCAAGGGAUCAUCAGGUUUCCCCAAAUGACUUCCCUGGCAAUCAUAUAAAAACGUGUAGGAGUUCCUUGGGUGACUGAUUCUGACAGCUUUGGAGGGUCAGAGAUUACUUCAAGAUGCUGAUUAAGGAAUAUCGCAUCCCACUUCCCAUGACAGUGGAAGAAUACCGGAUUGCACAGCUCUACAUGAUCCAGAAAAAGAGCAGAGAAGAGACAUGCGGGGAGGGCAGUGGAGUGGAAAUCUUGGAGAACAGACCAUACACAGAUGGCCCUGGUGGCACUGGUCAGUACACGCACAAGGUCUACCACAUUGGCAUGCACAUCCCCAGUUGGUUCCGAUCCAUCCUGCCCAAAGCUGCACUACGAGUGGAAGAAGAAUCGUGGAAUGCUUAUCCUUAUACAAGAACCAGGUACACCUGUCCGUUUGUGGAAAAAUUCUCCAUAGAUAUAGAAACCUUCUACAAAUCUGACUCUGGAGACCUCGCCAAUGUCUUCAACCUUUCUCCUGCUGAGAAGCGACAGACAGUAUUGGAUCCAAUUGAUAUUGUGAAAGAUCCAAUCCCCCAACAUGAAUAUAAGCCAGAGGAGGACCCCAAAAUAUACAAGUCUUUAAAGACCAAAAGAGGCCCCUUGUCUGAUGACUGGAUAGAGGAACAUAGGAAUAACCUAGGAGGAUACCCCAUCAUGUGCGCAUACAAGCUGUGCAAAGUGGAGUUUCGGUAUUGGGGCAUGCAGUCGAAAAUUGAGCGCUUCAUUCAUGAUGUGGGUCUACGGAAAGUUAUGGUUAGAGCACAUCGGCAGGCCUGGUGUUGGCAAGAUGAAUGGUACGGCUUAACCAUAGAGGACAUCAGACAGCUGGAGAAGGAAGCACAACUGAUGCUGGCACAGAAAAUGGCACAGUUCAGCUUAAGUGAAAAUGAAGGCGAACAACAUGGCUCCAAAGAAUCUCCUGGAGAGAAGGAUACAGAGACUAAGGCCAUCACCUCUAUAGAAACAGUAGAUGAGCCAAGUGGCAUUACAGAGUCCCUGUCAGGAAGAGGCUUGACCAAGCAGUGGUCUACAUCUUCCAGAUCAUCUAGGUCUUCAAAGAGAGGAGCUAGCCCUUCUCGACACAGUAUAUCAGAGUGGAGAAUGCAAAGCAUCGCCAGGGACUCAGAUGAGAGCUCAGAUGAUGAGUUUUUUGAUGCUCAUGAAGAUUUGUCAGACAAUGAGGAAAUGCUACCAAAAGAAAUAACAAAAUGGAGCUCGAACGACUUCAUGGACAAAAUUGAGACAGCUGAAUCUGAUGAACUGCAAGAUGAUUCCUUUCAUGAACCAGCAGAAUAUACCGGCAGUUCCAGUGUGGAAGGAUUAAAUAUAAUGGAGAGGCACACAGCUGUACUCCAUGCACAAGUCAUUCCUGGCAUCCCAACUGUCACUCUCACAAAUGUCAUUACAACUUCCACAGUUUUGGCUGCAGAUGAAUCGGCACAAACCUCCUUGCAGCCAUGUAAAGUCCAUGUACUCAUACUGGUGCUUCAUGGUGGAAAUAUCCUGGAUACAGGCAGUGGAGAUCAGAGUUCCAAGCAGGGUGACGUCAAUACCAUCAAGUCUGUGUUUGACACAGUGAUGAGGGUGCAUUACCCAGCAGCAUUAGGACACAUUGCAGUCAGGCUUGUUCCAUGCCCAGCCAUCUGCUCAGAAGCAUUCUCAUUGGUAUCCAAUUUAAGCCCAUACAGUUACGAUGAAGGUUGUUUAUCUAAUAGUCAGGACCACAUCCCUCUAGCUGCUCUCCCUCUACUGGCUACAUCAUCACCUCAGUACCUGGAAUUUGUGGCAACAGUCAUUCAUCGAGCCAACCAGGUGUAUGCGGACUUCACUAAGUCACAAGAAGGCAUGUCUUUCACUGGGCAGGUGUGUUUAGUUGGUGACUGUGUUGGAGGGAUUUUGGGAUUUGAUGCCUUAUGUUACAGCAAUCAGACUGUGUCUGAAAGUCAGAACAGCAGCCGCAGAGGAAGCAUUGUGAGUGUUCAGGAUACAGAUCUCUUAUCUCCAGGUAUUAGUGUUAACAACAGUUACUGCUCUAGCAGUUCAAAUCUUGAGACUAGUCGACACUUAAGCCGCAGCAACAUAGACAUACCUCGGAGCAAUGGUGAAGACCCAAAAAAACAGCUUCCUCGCAAGAGAAGUGACUCUUCAACCUAUGAGCUGGAUACCAUUAAGCAGCACCAAGCUUUUCUCUCUAGUUUACAUGCAAGUGUCCUCAGAAAUGAUACCGGGUCUCGAAGGUCAAGCAGCUCUACAAUGUUGGAUGGAGGCAGCAUUGGAAAAUUUGACUUUGAGAUUACAGACUUCUUUCUCUUUGGCUCUCCUCUUGGACUAGUGUUGGCUUUGAGAAAAACAGUGAUUCCAGCGCUUGACAUUUAUCAGCUCCGACCUGGCUGUCAGCAGGUCUACAACCUCUUCCACCCUGCUGAUCCUUCUGCCUCCCGUGUAGAGCCACUUCUAGAAAAGAAGUUCCAUCUGCUGCCUCCCUUUAAUGUACCUCGAUACCAGAGAUUCCCUUUGGGGGAUGGAAAUUCCGCUCUCUUGGUCGAAGCUAUACAGAACAAUCCCAUCCUUCUCAUGGAAGGCAGCCCAGCGGUUGCUCUCCAGCGUCAAGAUGGCAUCAUGGAAACCAGUAUCCCUGUUCCUGUCCUAAGCUGCCAAGACACUUCCAGUAAAGCCACCACUUGUGCUGAAUCGGAUGUUGUUCAGUUUCAUGGUGCAGUCUUCGUGGAAAAUGCCUCCCCUUCCUCCCCCAUAACAGCUCCCCACUUCAGGGGGUACAGAAGAGCAAGUGAAAUCAGCAUUGCAAGUCAGGUCUCUGGAAUGGCUGACAGUUACACGGCUUCAAACAUAGCCAACAAAACAAACAAUCAUCUUAACCAUUCCAAAAAGCUAAGUCUUCUGUCACAGCUUGCUCUCCCUUACAAAUCUCACACAAAAACAAGUUCCCCCAUAAAACACAUUCAGUUCCAUACUGAGCAGUAUGGAGGAAUGCUAGAGGUGGGGGAUUGGAAGCACUUCAUCAACCCGGGCAUCCAAGGUGCGGACAUCUCCAAAGUUGCAGCAAAAUGGUGGGGUACCAAAAGAAUUGACUUUGCCCUUUAUUGUCCGGAUGCGCUUACUGCUUUCCCCACAGUUGCCCUUCCUCACCUUUUCCAUGCCAGUUACUGGGAAUCCACUGAUGUUGUUGCAUUCCUCUUGAGACAGGUCAUGAGACAUGAAACUGCCAGUGUUUUGGAGCUGGUUGGAAAAGAAGUCUCUGUUUUUAGUCCAUCGAAGCCAAGAGAGAAAUGGCAGAGAAAGCGAACACACGUAAAGCUACGGAACGUUGCUGCCAACCACAGAAUUAAUGAUGCUGUAGCCAAUGAAGAUGGACCCCAGACACUUAAUGGACGAUUCAUGUAUGGCCCUCUUGACAUGGUCACAUUGACUGGUGAAAAGGUGGAUAUUCAUAUAAUGACGCAGCCUCCAUCUGGAGAAUGGGUUUACUUUGAUACCGAAAUUACCAACAGCAGUGGCAGAAUUUCCUAUGUGAUCCCUGAACAUAGGAGACUUGGAGUCGGGGUAUAUCCACUGAAAAUGGUCGUCAGGGGAGACCAUACAUAUGCCGACAGUUACCUCCAUGUUUUACCUAAAGCAACAGAAUUUGUAGUAUUCAGCAUUGACGGAUCUUUUGCCGCUAGCGUUUCCAUCAUGGGCAGUGACCCAAAAGUCAGAGCAGGGGCAGUGGAUGUAGUGAGGCACUGGCAGGAUCUUGGCUACCUCAUUAUCUAUGUCACAGGCAGACCCGACAUGCAGAAGCAGAGAGUAGUGGCAUGGCUUGCACAGCACAACUUCCCACAUGGCAUAGUAUCAUUCUGUGAUGGAUUGGUUCACGAUCCCCUGCGGCACAAAGCAAAUUUCCUGAAAAGCCUGAUUCAAGAUGUACACAUGAAAAUCCAUGCAGCUUAUGGCUCCACAAAGGAUAUCUCAGUGUACAGCGCUAUAGGUCUGUCACCAAUGCAGAUCUUCAUUGUAGGCCGUCCAACCAAGAAGUUGCAGCACCAAUGUCAGUUCAUCACCGAAGGCUAUGCUUCUCACCUUGCACAACUGGAAUACAGCCACCGAUCUCGACCUGCCAAGAACACCAACAGAAUAGCAUUACGAAAAGGAAGCUUUUGUCUUCCCGGUCAGUCAGAUUUCCUGAGGAAGAGGAAUCAUUUACUUCGCACCAUCUCAUCACAACCCACAACUAGCAGCAACCACAAACCAGAGCGAACGCAAAGUCAGUCGGAGAGUGACCGCGAUCGGGAAAGGGAACGUAGCCAAAGAAGUAUGAGCCUUGCAGCAGGAUGCUGGGGGAGGAGUGGGGCCACCACCAAGCUGGAUUCUGGCGUUUUAAGUCAGAAAUGAGCUCCAAUGCAUCCUGAACUAAUUCCUGUGCUUGGCUCUUGCCACUUUAAAGGGAGGGGGGCAAAAAAGGGACAGAGGUGCAACUUUGUCUAUUGAGAUAGAGUUGACAUAAUGGUGCUACUAUAUAACAACGUUAGCAAAGCUGAUGACAAGAAGGGUUGAACUGCAAGCCUUAAAAAGGGUAGCAAUGCCCAGAAGAUCAUUGUGACAGAACCACACAAGGGGACAAGUAAAAGUAGUCAACGUUUUUAUUUAUUUAAUUUCUUUUUUUUAGGCAGGUUCAUAAACUUACCAAUGUAAAUAUAUGUGCCUCUUUUAUCUUCUUAGCCAUCUCUUUACUGAGAAGAAUGCACAGCACAUGUCCAACUAAAUAACGAUUUUAUUUUGUACAUAACACUCAUUACCCAUUGAGUAUCACCACAAAAAAAGUGGCAGCCUCCGCAGAACCAGCCGUAAACCAUUAAUAGUUUCCUUCACACAUUUUCUCGCUCUCUGUUCCUUAAACCACGGCACAACAAAUGAAAAUGUCAACACAAACAAUUUUCCUAUUUUUUUUUCCUGGAAAAGACGGAAGAUACUUUUCAUAAAAUGUUCCAAGACUAUUGACAGUCUGCCUUGCUCAUUUCAACUGUUGUUCUUGUGAGCUGGUCAUGUAAAGGACAUGUUUAGAAACGGACAUGAACGCACUGCACAGGUACUGUUACCUGGGGUUUUGGUGAUCUGAGGACAAGUGAGACCCAUAACCCUGAAAUCUUUUUUGUAUCCGAAGUUCUUAACCUUUAUUCUCUACAUGUCCAGUCUGCUGCUUUUUGCGUGUAGUUGCUCAACUGUAUGACCUCAUUGUUUUCUUUGCACUGAUAAUUUUUAGAUUGGAGAUCUGUUACCAUCUCAUGUAGCUACAUAUCCUUGUCCCGUAGUGCAUGGUAAUUUAAUUAUUGCUAAGCCAGAGGAUGGGUAGAACUAUUUUUGUGCUGUGUUUUUCCCCAGUACCAAGUUUAGGCAGGCGUGCCAUAAAAAAAAUAAAAAGUCAUACACCGCGUAGCAUGGUAUAAGCAGAAAGAUUUCAUUUUGCCUAGCUCCUACAUUUGCCAUGUUAACAAUACCUAUGGAUAGUUGCCUGGACAUAUCUGUAUUUAUCUCCAGCAAAGGCUGAUACGCAUCAAACAAGACUAAUUUAUUUAAGGAGACCACAUGCAGUACACAAUGUUAGCAGAUCAGUUUAAUACUGUAUUAAUCUAGCACUGUGAAAUCUCACUGAUUGUCACCAUUACAGGUGAGCAGAAAGCCAAAAAAAGCAAAUGGUUGAACGUUUGUGGUAUGUUAGAUUUAGAAUAUGUUUAAAUACUCUUCCUAUAUUAAUGUUUACUCUGCCCAGCAAGUCUCUGCUGCCCUAGCUCAUCAGCGAAUGAGUUAUAAUGCCAGUUUCAUAUAAUUGUACUCUAUACAGAGUAAUCUGCACCUUUAAGCCUGCUUGAGUGACAGCAGAAUUGCACUGCUCACCCAGUAUAAGUCCCUUCUCCACUGAAACCCUGUGUCAUGUGCAUCUUAUAUCUGAAUGAUCAGAUGCUAGACACACACGGAUUACAUUGCACAUUGUAAUAGACCUAUAGCUUUGAUCCCACUGAUAUUUGUCCAAAAUAUUUUUGGUGUUUUUUCCCCUUUGUACAAAGUAUCUUUAUGCUUAUGUAUUAAAUGUAAGAAUUGGCUGGCCAUUGGAUCAUACCUUUUGAACGUCUACAAAAGUGUGAAAAUCCGCCAGUCCAUGGUAAAAUGUGUGAUUGACUUUUGACAGUUACAGUAUAAAGCACAUAUACACAUUACAUUUUGUAAAUUCUCUGCCUGAGGCGUGAAUAGGUCAGUAUAGCAGGGAUUAGCGAAUACUCCAAUGCAUGAACUGCUAAGCAGAGGGUCAACUGUAUUGGGCGAGCUUGAAUCCUUUGGGGGAACAGAUUGAACAGAUAUCGCUAUGGCCUUUAAAAUAGUGAAUGCUGAGCAAUGAGAAAAUGCACAAAGGGAGGAAAUGUAUGUAAAUUUAUUGUAACGUGCAGGGGAUAAGCUAUUGUGUGUAGAUACUGUAUAACAAACAAAUGUAAAUGUUCAGAAAAGUGGUUAUAUAAAAGUGAAAGUUAUUUAUUUAUGUAGAAAAUGUCUCGGGUGGGGGCGAUCCUCUGGGUUUUUAAUCAAUAUUUUAAAAAAACACACAAAAAAAAUUAAUAAGUAGCUUUUUGUUUCAGGCGUUCUGUACAAAGCAAUUCAAUUAAAGGACCAACUAUAAUGUAAUUGUCAUUUGCAUAAGUGCAAUAUAUUCUUGAGUCACCCUCAUUGUCCCAUACUUUUCAUGUAGACUUGACAAUCAUAUCCUAUAUAUCUCCUCAUGUUUUUUUUUGCUCUUUGUUAGGCUUUUUGAAAACCUUUUGCCUUCCCUGACUAUGGAUAUUUGGAUCUUUGCCACGUGGAAAUAACACAGCAGAAUAAUUCAUUCUGACUGUAAUAAUAUCAGUUAUGCAGAACUGUGAGAUUGCGCCACGAUUCUGCCAGGAAGGAGUUAAUAAAAAGAAAUUUCGCCCAUUAUUACCUGUUAGGAUACAGCGUGUUAACAUGUUAGUUUGUGUUCAUUUUCCAAAAGCAAUAGUUCAAUUCAGCUUCUAAAUGGGGUUGGGGGCCAGCUAACUCUGAGAGUGUAUAAAUACGUAUUCCUAACCAAUUUGCAUCUGCUAUUGUUUAUUGUCUCCAUUGCUUUGGGAGGCCUGAUCACCUCCACCUAUGUCAGUUUCACCUAUGAGAAGUUGUAUCCUUUGAUUCAACAUCUUAGUCUCAAAUAACCAAAAAUAAAUAAUACGUUUACAAUGUUAGUAGAAUACAAUAAAUGAAAACCAGAGGUUACUAUAACAUACAGAUUUCUUUCCUGUAACUGGUAGAUGUGUGCGUGUGCAGAUGCCGCUUGCACCGACAAGGUUUAACCACAGCUUGUCUCCUCGUCAUGGAUCCUGCACUUUCUUCUCAAGCCCAGACAGAAAGGUAUUUCGCCUUUGCUGCAUUUCCUAGAAGCUCCAGUAGCCUUACAUUUAUCAUAUUCCUGCCAGGAGUAUAAUCUUGACUGUCAGCUUUCUACAGUAUAUAAUAUUUUAUUUAUAGAGAAAAUAAUAAAUGAAGACAAGGAGACUUGCACAAGACUGAACUCUUCCAAAUGUCUGUCUGCUGCUCCCUGGUUUUCAUUUUUUGUAUUAUUUUGGUGUGUGUAUAAAUACUAUUUUGCUUGUAUGUGUGUUAGUGUGUUGUUUUAGGCCUCUGUGCUUUCUGUGCAGUACCCAUUGUACGUUACACAGAUUAAAGAUUUGGGAAGGCUA